AUGGGUACGGCAUCCAUGGAACAAGAUCAAUAUCAGCGUCAUCAGGGGUCAGCCGCCCACGCGACCUCGCGUGUGAAGUCGCCUUCGCCGGCCCAGCUCCGACACAGACAAAAUUCUCAGCUUGGCUCAAAUCUGAAUGGCGGCGCGGCUUCGCCUUUCACCCCUGAGAGACUGCGACGCAGCUCGACCUUCUCAGAUGCCGUUUCGGAGACUCGCCGAUCUAUACAAUCGUCAACAGAUGAUUUGUUCUUUCCCCGCGCCAACGGAAGCAUGGAAGAUAGCUACUCCCAUAAUACAGACUCCCCCUGGCAUUCGAGUCCUCUCGCAUUAGCCCUCCUACCAGCGCUGGGCGGGCUUCUCUUCCAGAAUGGAACUGCGGUGUUCACGGAUAUUGCCUUGUUGGCCCUUGCAGCAGUGUUCCUCAACUGGUCUGUUCGGCUGCCAUGGGAUUGGUACUUUGCUGCCCAGGAGCGAGUCCAACUGGAGUCGGCAGCAUUUGAUACCGAUGAUCUGGAUUUAAAGGAGCGUGAUGACGGAGCUGAGAAAUCUUCAGAAAUCGCAAAGGGGGUUCCUUCUCAGGAAAUGCAAGAUAACGAUAAUGAACCCCGCGUUACAUCACGUCGAAAGCAGCAAACGUCAACAGCAUACAAAGCUGCGAGGCGUGAACUACAAACCCACGAGCUUGCGGCGCUCGCAUCAUGCUUUUUAUUUCCAGUUUUAGCAACGUAUCUCCUACACACUAUCAGGUACCAGCUGUCACGGCCAUCUGAAGGGCUGAUCUCAAACUACAACCUCACCCUAUUUCUACUUGCGGCGGAAAUUCGCCCUAUUUCACACUUACUUAGGAUGGUACAAGCAAGGACUCUACACCUACAGCGUGUGGUGGAAUGGAACAAACCGAGGACUGAUAGUGAAAAGAUCCCCGAGUCCGGCGCAAUUCUUGAGCUCUCGAGGCGACUUGAGGAAAUCGAAUCUCGUCUUCAUCCAGAAAACUCGCACUUCACCAUCGCCGAAGAAGACAAAAGCGCAUCUAUAGAGUCUAAUAGGGAUAUCAUUGUCGCGGAGGUACGGAAAUCUAUACAGGAAGACAUCGAUACCCUCAACCGGGUUGUCCGCCGGCAAGAGAAACGCUGCAACGUUGCCUCUGUAAAGCUCGAAGCACGGCUACGCACCGUGGACAGUUACAUGGCAGGGCUCGAUCCACUAAUUGCUGCAGGGAAACAAGAGAGGUUAAAUGGUUCCAGACCCAGAUACAGAUUCAAGUACGAUCCUCUACUCAAGGGGGUCAUAGCCGCCGUUAUGGCUAUCAUUGUUCCUCCUCUACGGAUUGCCUGGUCGAUCGCCAUGCUACCUACAUACCCACUUUCAUGGGCAUAUUACUUGACUAUGCAGUUGCUUCGGUCGCGGGAAAAUCAGCACACGGCCAGAAAGUUACGCACUACGAGGCUGCCUCGUAGGGAGAUAAGCUAG